AUGAGUCUCAAUUUCUUAAAAAACAAAAUAUUUGCCCGGCAAUCAGAUGCCGCUGCGAAGCAAAAAAGAAACUAUUACGUUGUGGAAGAUUUUCUGUGGCUGCCCGUAAUGUUUUAUCAUUCGAUUGGAGUCGAACCCUAUGUGCCCGAAACAAAGACCGAACUGUGGCUCUUGAUAUAUUUCGGUUUCAAUUUGAUCAAUACGACGAUUGUUUUGUUAACGGAGCUCUGGUUUAUGGUGGUCUCCUUUCGCGACAAGAAAAGUAUUCUUGAGACUUGUAUCAUAGUGGGAUACGUGUCAUUCGUGGUCGUUGGAUUUCUGAAAAUCUUUACCGUGCUAAUAAAGAAACAGAAGAUGACAAAAUUGGUGCGGCGUUUAAAGGCCUCCUUUCCGUCACAAAAUGAAGAGGAACAAAAGAAGUACAAUGUAAAGUACUAUCUAAAUAGAUCCAACCUCUACAUGAAAAGCUUCGGAUGUCUUCUGGCGAUCAUGGUGUCAACCCACUGUUCGACUGCCUUUAUCAUUUAUGCUUAUCGAAGAUGGUGGCUCCGUGUACCAAAUGCUCAGCAAAUUCUGCCUUUCUUCGAUAUGGCUCCCUGGAAUUGGAGACAAAGCUGGAUUUACUACCCGACUUACUUGAGCCAGUGUCUCGCCGGCUACACUGUCACCUGUGGAAAUAUAUCCGGAGACCUCAUGAUCUUUGCCUCUAGUUUUCUCAUAAUUAUGCAAUUCGAAAGACUCUGCAAGGGACUCAAAGAACUGAAUGUGCGAAACAACAAGGAGGCCGAUGGUGCUUUGAAGGAUCUGAGGGAGUUGAGAACCCUUGUCGCUCUUCACAUCGAUAUUCUUGAACUCAUUGACGUGAUGAACGAGGUAUUUGGAAUUCCCUUGCUGCUGAACUUUAUGGCCUCCUCUAUUCUCGUCUGCCUCUUGGGGUUUCAAUUAACCCUCGAAUUCAGCCCUGAGCAAUUUGGCAAACAGCUUCUCCUCCUGAUUUCUGCAUUAGUGGAGAUAUACCUCCUUUGCUCCUUCAGCCAGAUGCUUAUCGAUGCGAGUGAAAAUGUCAGCUUUGCUGCCUAUGAAAUGAAUUGGACAGAGGCCGACCGCACAGGUAAAAAAGUUCUAAUUGUUUUGAUGCUUCGGGCACAAAGGCCUGUUUGCCUUAAAGCCACCGUACUUUUGGAUGUGUCCAUUGAGACCAUGAGCGCUUUUUUGCGAAUGUCCUAUCGGUUCUUUUGUGCCAUUCGAACAAUGUACGGAUAA